UUAAAAAUGACACAAAAUAUUCAAACAAAUAAAACGUAAUUUUUUAGUUCCAAAGAAAUUAGAUCAGUUGUGAAAUAACUUAUAAUAAAUAAUUGAAAACAAAAUAAAGUUAAUACAAAUCAAUUACUCUAAAACAUAUAUUUCGUAUAAUAUUUAAAAAUAAACAAAGUUUCAUAAUUAUGUAGAAUUCAUUAUUACGCGGCAAAACUUGCGCCAAUUUAUUUACAAGAAAAAAAGAAGAGAACUUUUAAAAUGGCAAAAUUAAGAAAACCGACAUCAAAUGUAGAAAAAGAAAAGGUAAAAGUUGAAAACGGUAAGAUAACAAAAUCUAAGCUAAGUACCGAAGUCCCUAAGAUGAGAAAACCACAAGAAAAAUUGCGUUCCCCUUUGCGAGGGCAUCAAUCAAAUUUAGAGAAUUUCUCUUUUGCUACUACGCCAUUCAUGAGAAAUUCCAAUCUUAAGUUCACCUCCACACCUAUGAAUGUUGAAGACAACACCAAGUCCAAUGGGAGGGCAUUGGGAAGUAAAUUUGUUUCUAGAUUGGCACUCAGUCCGAUCUUUAAAAAUGUUUGCAAUACAAAGCAGAGGAGUAAUGAAGAGAACUCACCGGAAAAGAACGGGAAAUUUGGUAAAGAUAAUCUUCGGAAAAGGGACACGGAAGUCUCUAAGGUCGAUAAUAAUGUCAAUCCAGAUAUAGAAAGGAACGCUUCACUUUCCAACAAUUCUGCAAUCAUGGGAGACACGGAUUCUUCAUCAAGUAGACAGCGGGUUCUAUUGUGUACGAUGGAUAGUUCAAAUGAGACAUCGGGUUCAAAAUGUAAUUCUUUGGAACAGGGAAGAACAAAGACCCCAAAGAAGCAUGCAGUUAAUGAAAACCUAGACCACGGCUCUGACAAUACGCAAUCUAAUUAUGACAAAAACAAUUACCUGCUUAAACGCCUCCGUUCCGACUGGUCAAGCACAAUAGUUGAUCAAGAAACUACAAAUGUCGGUGAAAAUGCCCAUAACUCAACGAGAAGAACCAAAAAGAUUGAUGACACUAAAUGUGUUUCUGUGUUGGAACUCAGUCCAAUUUCUAAAAAUAAUUGCAACACAAAGAAGAAUAUUAUGAAAAACUCCACAAAAAAUAAUGAAGAAUCUGAAGGCUCAACUCAUAAGAGGCCUAUCAGAAAACCAGAGAAAACAUGUACAGAGAGUUCUGAGAAAGUCCAGAGUACAUCUAAUAAGAGAGCUAUCAGUAGGCCAAGGAGAACUUCAUGUAUUGAAAAUUCUGAAAAACUGAAAAAUAGGCUAAGUGUUCAAUUAAAUACAACUGAAAGUUCAAGCGAGUCAAUCAGUUCAGAAUCUGACUCUGAUUCUGAAUGGAGAAGCACAAAGAAAGUCAAGAAGCAAGUAGUCGUUAAAAAAAAUCCAAAACGCGGUAAUUCUUCCUCUAGCCCUGACGCUUUAUCUCAAUAUCGCCAGGAUUCAGACAGUAGCAAAAACAAUCACUUACUUAAACGCCUUCGUUCCGAUUGGUCAAGCACAACAUUUGGAGAAGAAACUACAAAUGUCGAUCAAAGAUCACGUACCACAUCCAAAAGAACCGAAAAUAAUGAUAUUAGCCGAGAGGUUAGGCAAAACAUCUGUAGUAAACUGCGUGUUCAUUUGAGGCGGAGUACUAUUGACACCAAAUCUGCACCUGAACCUAAAACAAAUGUAAAUCCUAAACUGCGACGUAAAUCCUGUUAUGAUAACUCACUUGCAAAUUACCUAAAAUCCAAUGGCACACAUGCAACUUCCGGGGACAAUUCUUUAACUCAAAACCGUACUCCAAAUAACAAUCAAAUCCAGAGGAAGCAAAUCAAUAAAAGGAAACUCACUCCUCUUAUAGAAAUGAGUCUAGAAGACAUAGAUAUUUCUUCUUCUGCAAAUAGAAAACUUUCGGAUACACCAAAGGUUGCUACUCGGUCGAGAAGCAAUAGCAAUGGCAUCGAAGAAGGAUACUCAAGUUCAGCAGAGUUCCAAAGUGACGAUGAGACAAAUAAUCGAAGUCGUUCGAAGCGAGCUCCAACUUGGAGAGACUUGUUGAAUAAAUCAGGGGAACCGCCGGUCGAGAGAAAAAAAAGAUCCCCAGUAGUUAGACUUCAGAGGUCAAAUUUAAAGGGUUUUGAGGUUCCGAAAAAUUUGGCUAAGAACAAUGUUGUUAAAUCACAACAAAAAGAAAAUGAAACUAAUCCCGUAGAAGAAGAAAGUGCCACUGAAGUACCUCUGAGCAUAAAUAUGAAAGCGAAUGCAGUCCCAAGUAAGGAGAAGGAAAAGGAUGAUGUUGCAUUUGAAGCAUUUAAACAAAUCCAUGACAAUGGAGAACAAUACCAGAACGCAGUGCAAGAAGUUAGCGUUUGCGAAGAAAGUACCGCCGCCUCAUCACCACAACAAAACCUUUUGGGGGAAACACAUUUUGGCAAAAAUACAAGUUCUUCUCUUUUACAAAAUAAAAAUGAAAAUGGCAAUGACACAGAAAAAUAUGAAACAAUUGAUUUAAGAUGUCCAGUGAAAUUCUUUCAUUCUCGCUUAGAAAAUUCAGUUUCCCAAGCCAAACCUCAACAAAAUCCCAAACAGACAAGAUCAUCCAAAAGAAAGAAAAAACAAGAAAGUGUUUACGAGUUCCUAUCACAAUCUUCAUCAGAAUCAAAUAAUCCAGUUGAUGAUGUUAUUCAAAAGAUGAUCAAAUCUGGAAAAGCAGUUGUUGCUAAGCACAAAAAAGGCACUGGUAUGAAUGUUGUACCAAGAAAAAAAGCGAAGCCUAGAGUUGUUCAGAAGAAAAAACCAAUAAUAACCGAAGAAAUAAAGCAGAAGCCGCCAAAGCCUAUAGCAGAAAAGUCACCAGUUCGGGAACCACAACAACAAGAAAAACAUCAGCAACACGAUAAUUUUGAUAAUGGUUUACAAUUUGAUGAUGAUUUUCAUUUUGACGAUGGUGGAAAUGAGGAGCAAGUGCGAGAUCAACGCGGGUUCAGCAAUUUAGCUCGAUCGGCAAUGAUCAAACAAGCUGGUCGAAUCCAAAAACCCCUUCAAAGAAAAUCCAUCACGGAUAAGAAGAAACUUCUUGCAAUGGCAAUGCAUUUUGUAAACCAAUCAACACCGAUUCGAAUGACCCCCCAACCAAUGAGUGCACCUCAAUUCUCGCCAUUACCGGGAAACAAAUCACCAUGGCGAGUAACCGAUGAAAAAUUGCCAAAUCUCUUCUAUCUUGGGCGAGAUUCAAAUAAUUUGCCGUCUUUUUCGUCCGAUUACAUUCCAAUGACGCCGUCCAAAAAUAAAUCCAAAUCGUUGUCGUCGUUCUCUUCGAAUGAUUCCAAUGGCGAGAAUACAGCUCCACCUGGUACUAACACCAUUACAAAUGAAGCCAAUAUGCAAGCUUUGACAAAUACCCGAAAAGCGUUGAACUACCGAAGUCCCUUGAAGCCAAUAAAUAUAAUUGAUGUAGUAAAUUUGCCUCCCCUGGCAUUACACUCGUACGGAAAGCAGUCCAAUGAUACAUCGAAAAAUAGUUCCAAAUCGAAAGAAGCUAAUCACAUCUCAAUUAAUAAUACGAUUUCAAAAGAAACUAACCACAGCUCAAUUAACAAGACCGCUAGAAAUAUAUUGGGAGACAUUUCAACUCACAACUUAAACAAUAACUCAAAAAAUAGCUCAAAUCAAUCAAAAAAUAAUUCCAAAAAUAGUUCAAAUCAAUCAAAAAAUAAUUCAAAUAAAAGCUUACAUCAAUCGAAAAAUAGCUCAAAUAACAACUCGCACCGAAGCUCAAAUAAUUCUAAGAUUGAUAAUGUUUUCGAUGAGAACACAGUGAAUCAGUCUCAAAACUUAUGUAAUUCCAGUGACGAUAUUCAAAAGAAUAAUGCAAAAGACUUGUUUGGUUUUGAGGAACUAAUUGAUGACAGUGAGAGUAAUUCGAAAAACGUUAACGUUGACAAAACCAUAUUACCGAAUAAAAAUGUGCUCAAGGAAAGGCUGGAACGUCUCAAGCAGUUGCGACCUAAUACACCAGUGGUAAUUCCAAAUAAAAACGAACGCAUUAAACCAGUAUUUGAUAAUGUUGGUCCUCAACAAAGAACCCUCAAGCAAAUGUUGUGCUCGACUAUGAUCGAUAAGAACCAAAAUAAUCAUAGUUUUAAUGAUACUGGUGAUAUGUCUAAUCUAUUUAAGGAUUUAGAACCCGAAACCACUUUUGAUGAAUCGCUACCUAGACGAACGUACAACAGACAGUUCAAGAGAAAGCGCAAAGCAGUUUCUAACUUUGCAACUUUCAUAGACAGUGAUGUAUCAGAAGACGAAGAAGAAGUGGAGAAACGACCCAUCAAAAACUACAAAGCAAGACCUAACAAGCGUAAAAAAACUGAUACCGAAAUGAAAAAGUUCGUAAAUGAAUUCAAUGAAAUGUGCAAAGAAGUUGGCCAAUAUGAACUCAUAGUCGAAUAAAUGCAGUAUUGAGUUUUUUCUAUUUUACUUAUACAACAGUUUCUUAUUUUAUACACAAAGUGUGGUUAUUUUUUUUAUUGUCAUACUAAAUUUAUUAUUUGUUAUUUUUGUUUGUAUUUUUUUUAUUUUUAUAUAAUUUAAAUUUGUAAAAAAUAUAACUACGUAUUGAUUGAUUCAAUAUUUUACAUUAUUGCCUUUGAAAUCUUGUUUCCAUACACUACACAUGUAUUUAGAGAAUGGCAAACAUUUGCAGAGUUCAAUGGAAAUCGUAGUGAUCGACGCACGGCAAGCUGCAUGGGGAAAGAUACAUAAUUUUAUUCGCAUUUAUAACGUCGUGUCGUAUCAUCACCAGUGGACAUGUGGUUCUCCUUUUAUUAAACAAAAGUAUUUUAUGUAAUUAGGAAUUUAAUAAGUUUUUCUUGCGAUUUAGAACUAUGUAUGUUAAAAAGUGUAAUUUUAAUAAAAAAAAUAUAAUGUAUAUAUAUAUAUAUAUUAAAUUCUCGAUUAUUUAAAACCAAAUAAACAAAGUCCGUCUUUACAAAGUAUUA